GGUCCUUCCCGGUCCUUCCCGGUCCCCACCGCAAACUCUCUGGCAGUGAGUGAGCGAGUGAUGCGUUUCUGUUGGCGGUGCUAACUACACGUCUUUCGUGUUCCCCGAAGGAAUUUUAAGACCGUCGAGGGAAGUGGACCUGUUUUCAUUUGGACUGACGCUAACAUGACUUCCAUCACCCUAACGUUCGCCGCAGUUUUAACAGUUCUCCACUGCAGUGCAGAUCAACUUCCUGCGCCGACAAAUCUACAAAAAAAGUAUAACUUGACCGACCAGAUCAGUGUGCUCCUGACCUGGUCCUGGCAGAAGCCCAGCACGCUGCCAGAGAACUGUAGAAUCCUAUAUGAAGUUAUCAGCUAUCCGGAUGGAAUCGAGCUCUCUGGUGGACACUCAUUAAAUCCAGCAUUGAGGACAAAUUCGAAAUACCUUAAAACCCUUUGUCCCAUGAAUGUCCAUAACUUCACUGUUAAAGCUGUUGGCGGAGAAUUCUGUGAUGGUUGGACCCCCAGCACACCUGUUCCUAUAAUCAACCAGAUGUCACAAGAUAAAGUGGUGAAAGACUUCAGAUGUGUCCCUCACAGCAGUGGAAUGAACUGUUCCUGGAUCCCAAAAGAUCGGUCUCUUGACCUGACGUUUUCUUAUUGUUCUUGUAGGACCACCGGGGGUUGCAAACCUGUAAAGGACUGUGAUCUUUACACCAGUGGAAUAAGGAAUGGCUGUUUAAUGAAGGAACUUAAUUCCAUAGAACUUACAAUUGGCUUUCUCGUGGAAAGCACAAAUGGACUGGACGUCAUUAAACCUGUCUUUGUUUUACCAUCACCAAAGCUGAAAGUCACAGCAAUCAAAGAUCUCCUCAUACUGAGCUGGAAGCCUCCAAACGUUGGAGAAUGGAAUGGUCCAUGGGAAUAUGAGUUGUGCUUCACUGAAUGCGACAGAAAACAAUCUUGCCGGAACGUCACCUCGAUGAGUCGCAAUAUGUCCUACGAUGAAAACUGCAUGUAUACGUUUCGCUCAAGAGUCUUUUGCAAUUAUUGCCCAUUGAGCAGCAGCAACUUCAGUGAAGACGUAAAAUAUGGGAUAACUAAGCCUCCUGACGCAACACUGACCGUGAUUGCCAUUGUCAUCCCCAUCAUUCUGUUUAUCUGCGUCAUUCUGUCCUGCUAUUGCUUCUGGAAGCACAGUGAGAUCAUUUGCUCAAACCCGCCAGACCCUUCGGCAAUACUCAAGGAAAUGAUGAGUGGAAAUAAAGAACAUGAGAACAAAAGAGAGCGCCUGUACACACCUUUGCCAGAAGACGUUGCACCCUGCAUAGUUUCCCCCAUAACGGAGAACAGGAGGCUCCAGGAAAACCCCUGACAUGUGCAUGUACACACUCCACUCAUGGCCCAUCACUGACUUACCUCCUCAGAUCUGGUUGGACGCUUCAUGAGGAAUAAAGCAUUCUACCUUAUCUUGACAUAGAUACAUGGAACAACGUGGAACCUUGUGUUUUGCCGACUCUUGGUCACAUUCAGGAGAGGAGAGAUAACAUUUUUGAUUAAAUGUGAAAUUGAAAGGGCCAUUUGGAAAGUUACAGCUGCACUUCACUGUGGCCAUAAACACUAGGACAUUUCUGACCUCAGCACCUGUAAGGUGUCUUACAUACUUUUGGAUACCUAUGACAACUAGAAGCAAGGGUGUUUGCAUAUGGAUGUCAUGUCCCCACCAAUAUUUGGAGAAGCCAGAUCGUCCCUACCAAUAUUAGGGUACGGGGCAAUGUGUUCGUGUGCACGAAUGCUGUGAGAGGAGAGCAAGAGUUAGCGAGGGAUUUUACGAGCACCAGUGAAUGCAUCACAGCCGAGCUGCGAGGAACAGAGGAAACGAGAGAGCGCAGGUAAUGUGCUGUUCUGAUAACAGAGCAGUGAGUUUUUAGGCUCAUACCUCAUUAUGCCUUCCUAAUGUUUCAUUGCUUUGUCUCGUGAACAUAGGACAGUUUGCAGGAGUCUGUUCAUAAUAAUAUAAACUUCUGCAAACUGUCCUAUGUUCACGUGAUUAUUACAUGUCAUUUAGCAGACACUUUUAUCCAAAGCGACAAGUAAGAGCUUCAAGUAAGCCAAACUAUAAAGUGCUAGUCAUAAGUGUGAUGUAUAAGCAAGUUUUUCUUUCUUUUUUUAUUAUAAGUAGUAUUAGGGUGUGUGGGGGGGGUUUCAGUCUUGUAACUAAACGUGGUGUGGAGGAGCAUUAUCCACCUUGUUAGACCCACAUCCUUUUGGUAAAGAUGACAUUAUUCUGGUGUGCAUAUUAAAGAGAUUACCUGAUUCAUGUCACCUUGUAUCUGUGUUAUAUUUACCUUGUGCUACACUCCCAAAGUGCCAAGUCACGUCUGGUAAUACAUUUUAUUUCCUCUGGAAUGAUGCCUCUUCUUGUAUUAGCUCUAAGUGGCUGUCAAUUAAAUGCGACUGUUCACAUAGGGUGAAAAGCAGGGUAGACCCUGGACAAGUCGGAGUUGUGAGUUAUGGAGGUUAUGUUUUUGCUGUUGUCUGUUUGACCGCGAGCAACAUAAUUCAAAAUGUAUAUAGAUUAUGGGCCAAGUAAGGAUUAGAUCUACAUAGUUAGCUAUGACAGACACUGCUCUGCUAACCUACCGUCAUAUGUUUAUAAGUAGUUGUAAUUUUGUAUUAUAUUCUUUUAUUUUUGUCUACCUUUUAAUGUACAGUGUAUUUUUAUGUUCUAUGCCUGAUGUCUAAUGCUGCUGGAAAAGAAUAAUUUCCCAGUGUGCAAUCAAUAAAGUGCAUCUAUCUAUCGA